AUGGUUCUGAAACCACCUAUCUCCGCCUUGGCUCCACUAAUACAGCGCUCCCUUGGGCCGUUUAAAUCUCCUGCAGUUGCUCCUGGCACUGCCCAAGCUGCAUCAGCCUGGCUGAGACAUCUAGCUAGCUGCAAUUAUUGGUUGCUGAUUCAAGAAACUGAUAGGCCUGACAAUGAUUUUGUGACAACUGUUGACUGCUUACUACCUGGCAUUGAUAGUAACUUCAUUCUUGCAAAUGCUCAGGUGGCUAAGGGAUUCCCUAUUGUUUACUGCUCAGAUGGCUUCUGUGAGCUGGCUGGAUUUGCACGAACUGAAGUCAUGCAGAAGAGCUGCAGCUGUAAAUUUUUACUUGGUGCUGAGACAAAUGAGCAGAUGAUUCUUCAAAUUGAGAAAUCAUUGGAGGAAAAGGUGGAAUUCAAGGGAGAAAUCAUGUUCUAUAAGAAGAACGGGUCUUCAUUCUGGUGCCUACUGGAUAUUGUUCCUAUAAAGAAUGAAAAAGGAGAUGUAGUACUCUUUCUGGCUUCUUUCAAAGAUAUAACAGACACAAAAGUGAAGAUCGCUGCAGAAGACAAAAAGGAAGAAAAAUGGAAAGGAAGAGGAAGAGCAGGGUCACAUUUUGAGUCAGCACGAAGACGGAGUAGAGCUGUCCUUUAUCAUAUCUCUGGGCAUCUACAAAGAAGAGAGAAGAACAAAUUAAAAAUUAAUAAUAAUGUUUUUGUAGAUAAACCAGCAUUUCCAGAAUACAAAGUUUCAGAUGCAAAAAAAUCCAAAUUCAUAUUGUUGCAUUUUAGCACUUUUAAAGCUGGCUGGGACUGGCUGAUUUUACUGGCAACGUUUUAUGUUGCUGUGACUGUACCUUACAAUGUUUGCUUUAUUGGCCAUGAUGAGCUGUCUACAACUCGAAGCACAACUGUCAGUGAUAUUGCGGUGGAAAUUCUUUUUAUCAUUGAUAUUAUUUUAAAUUUUCGAACAACAUAUGUCAGCAAGUCUGGCCAAGUUAUAUUUGAAGCAAGAUCUAUUUGUAUCCACUACGUGACUACCUGGUUUAUCAUUGAUUUAAUUGCUGCACUUCCUUUUGAUCUUCUUUAUGCUUUCAACGUCACUGUGGUUUCCCUUGUCCACCUCCUAAAGACUGUGCGAUUGCUACGCCUCUUGCGUCUCCUUCAGAAGUUGGAUCGUUACUCCCAGCACAGCACAAUUGUCCUCACGCUUCUCAUGUCCAUGUUUGCCUUGCUUGCUCACUGGAUGGCCUGCAUUUGGUAUGUCAUAGGGAAAAGGGAGAUGGAACAGAAUAACCCCCUUACCUGGGACAUAGGGUGGCUUCAUGAGCUAGGAAAACGUAUUGAGUCUCCUUACUAUGAGAAUAAUACACUAGGAGGCCCAUCAAUCAGAAGUGCCUAUAUAGCUGCCCUAUAUUUCACCCUCAGCAGCCUCACCAGUGUUGGGUUUGGAAAUGUUUCAGCCAAUACCGAUGCUGAAAAGAUUUUCUCCAUUUGCACAAUGCUGAUUGGGGCUCUGAUGCAUGCCUUGGUGUUUGGCAAUGUGACUGCCAUAAUUCAGAGGAUGUACUCCAGAUGGUCCCUUUAUCACACAAGAACCAAGGAUCUAAAGGACUUUAUACGGGUCCAUCACCUGCCACAGCAGCUAAAGCAAAGGAUGCUUGAAUAUUUCCAAACCACAUGGUCUGUCAAUAAUGGAAUUGAUUCCAAUGAGCUUUUAAAAGACUUCCCGGAUGAGCUGCGUUCAGACAUCACCAUGCACUUGAACAAGGAGAUUUUGCAGCUCUCCCUUUUUGAGUGUGCCAGCCGCGGUUGCCUCAGGUCUCUGUCUCUGCAUAUCAAAACCUCCUUCUGUGCUCCUGGGGAAUACCUCCUCCGGCAGGGAGACGCCCUGCAAGCGAUCUACUUUGUGUGCUCAGGUUCCAUGGAAGUCCUGAAGGACAGCACGGUGCUGGCAAUUCUUGGUAAAGGAGAUUUAAUUGGAGCAAACCUAUCCAUUAGGGAUCAAGUUAUUAAAACAAAUGCAGAUGUUAAAGCUCUAACGUACUGUGACCUCCAAUGCAUUAUCCUCAAAGGUCUCUUUGAAGUGCUCGAUCUUUACCCAGAGUAUGCUCACAAGUUUGUUGAAGACAUACAGCAUGACCUCACAUACAACCUAAGAGAAGGCCAUGAAAGUGAUGUAAUAUCAAAAUUAUCAAACAAGUCUACGCUAUCUCAGACAGAGCUCAAGGGAAAUGGAAAUAUAAAGAAGAGACUCCCUUCAAUUGUGGAAGAUGAAGAUGAGGAUGAGGAGGGAGAGGAAGAGAGCAGCUCCCUUUCACCAAUCCAUACAAGAAGCACAAAUUCCUCUCAGCAGAAGAAGGCUGGAAGCAAUAAAAGCUACCUAGGGAGAAACUUGAAGCAGUUGGCCUCAGGAACGGUGCCCUUUCAUUCGCCCAUCCGUGCUUGCACUUCAAACCCCUCCAGAACCAAACAUGAAACAGAGCUCCAUUACUACUCCAGAAGGAAGGAGAAAAACCUUAAGUUACACCUUUCAGCACUGACCACCAGUGGUCCACCUGACCUGAGCCCAAGAAUUGUUGAUGGGAUUGAAGAUGGAAACCAUAAUGAGGAAAGCCAAACCUUUGACUUCAGCUCUGAUCAGCUCAGGCAGGAAUCCAGGUUAUCUCCUACAAUUGGAGAGGCUGAAAUUGGUGCUGCUGUGCUUGUUAUCAAAGCAGAAGAGACCAAGCAGCAGAUCAGCAGGCUUAAUAAUGAGGUAACAACUUUAACCCAAGAAGUCUCACAAUUAAGUAAGGAUAUGAAGAACGUGAUGCACCUUCUGGAGAACCUGCUUACAUCCCAGAAACCUCCAGGGAUCUGUGCUGUGCACAGCAUAUCUCGAAGCCCUACCCUGGAAAGCCUGCAGUCUCGAAUGGUUUGGACUACGCAUCAACCUUGCACACACAUGCAAGCUGGGAACUUUACUUGCACCAAAGCACAAUUUUGCCGUGGCAACACGUUAUGUGACAUUUGGAAUACAGAUCUGUCCUCUGUUGGCAGCAGUCCCCAAAGAACUGAACCCAACCUGCAAAAUUCUAUGGACAGUGAAUUUUAUUAUACACCAGGCCUUCACAAUUCCCCCUCCCAGUAUCAGGUAAUUCAGAAAGACAGUUUGCAAUUUUUAAGAUGCACCUCUCCCCAUUCAGACACUACCUUGACUCCUCUUCAGUCUAUUUCAGCAACUCUUUCUUCUUCAGUGUGCUCUUCAUCAGAGACAUCGUUGCAUCUCGUGCUCCCCAGCAGAUCUGAGGAAGGUAGCUUUAGCCAAGGAGCAAUCAGCUCACUAAGCCUUGAGAACCUGCCAGGAUCAUGGGACCUAGAAGGAACAGCUGGAGUAGUAUCUGCACAGACCCCAGAUUUCCCAGUAGACAUUGUGACAAGCACAAGGGAUGUUAAAGAAAAAGAUUACCAAGCCAUAGACGUAUAAUGAGAACCGGCAAAGUGGUACUCGAAGCAUGUUCCACAGCUGCCAGUUUUAAAUGUAGAGAAUAUGGCGAGACUGCUUUAUUUGACCUUUUCUCUGGCAAUCACGGAGACUUACAAAAUGAAAUGAGACUUACAAAAAUGAAAAUUCAGAUUUAUAGAAAGUAAGAAAAGGUAUUGCCAGUUCAUACUACAGGAAAAAAAGAUUUCUAGAUUCUAGAAGCAUGUUGAAAAGCAUCUUGUAUACAGAUAUAACUUACUGGUCUGUUUGGCAGACUUUUGUGAUAGUCCAAAGACCCUGAGGGUCAGAGCAGCUGGAAGUCUAGGACAAAAGAACUGUCAUGGGUGGCUUUUGUUCAUCGAAGCAAAGGUUUUCGCUGAGUGUCUGACUGUUGUUCCCAAACAAUAUCUAUGGCACUGUUUGCUUCAGGUGAUCGUGGGUCCUGCUGGUCUGUUUGUCAGUUCUGUGAAGGCUGAGAGACAAUUAUUGCUGCAUGUCAUCUAGACAAUCAACCAAAUAGAGCUGGUAGAGAGUGGUUAGUUGUUGCACGUUAUUUGUCAUGUAAAUGAAACCUCUUAAUUUAUCUAAAAACACUAUUUUUAUAUACUUGGUAUGAAACAUGUACUUUAAAAUUAUUUAAAAUAUUUAUAAGGAAAAUAGGAGUUUGUUUUCAUUUUGGUAAAGGCUUGCAGUUUUAACAAGAAAUGCACUACCAUCAUGUAUUAGAUCAAAUACUCUUUAUUGUUAAAAUAUUAUGUAGUUUACAAAUGGAUUCUCUUUUACGUGCAUGCAAUUCACAAUGAAUGUAUUCAUGCUGAUGGAAUACAAAUAAAUUAAGGAAUUAUUUUAUUUAAAAAAAUAAAAUAGCUGGAAUGUUGUAUCCUAUACUAAGUCAGCUAUCACUACUUAAAAUGUGAAUUGUUAUACUGAUAACAUUAAGUAUCCUUGGUUCGUGUCUUAGUAUUGCAGUAUUAUUGACAAGACCAAGUCAACAUUUUAUUACGCAUCCUUGUUUUCGGAUUUUAUGUAUGGAGAAUAAAAAUAAGAGGGAUGAAAAACAUUGCGUAAAUUGAGGAAUAUUAAAGGAGAAACUUACAAUGGUUUAAUCAAAGACAAAGGACAAAAUUUAGAAGCGUUACUGAUUUGAUGAUUUUUACUUACAUACGUAAAAACUAGCUUUGAACAGCCAAAAAGAAAAGAGACUAUAGGUUUGUAAAUUUUUUUAAGCCAGAAUGUGAUUUAAUGCCCAAAGAAAAUUUGAAGGUUUUUUUCAGUAACUAAUGCUUUAGGAACUAAUAUUGCUACAGUGCAAGUAGAGCUAGUGCUUUGUAUUGGAAAUUUGAUUUUUAUAUAUAAAGGUGCGCAGCAUGCAUCCCAUUUGCAUGCUCUGUAGCAAGCUUUCUAAAAAAACAUGUUUACUACCCAAAAUAAAUAUACUAAAAUGGAGAAGUAAAUUAAGUUUCAUUUAAUAAUUAACACAAACUGGUGAUUGUUAUCAAAUUAAAAUUUUUACAGAGCACAGAUUUAUGUUUAACUUCUUUAAGAGGGUUUUUUUUUCUGAAAACUUCAAAGACUAAGUUUAUUGUUAACAUUUGGAUGGGCACUGGAACAUAAAUCACAGCUGAUACUCUGUGCCUGAUUUACAUCCUUUCACAUCCUUGUUCCCACCGGUAUAAAUUAAGGACAAAGUGUCAUCUCCUAUUUUGAGCUGCCUGAAUUUUGUCAGUGUAUAUACACUUCAAGAUGUGUGUUUAUAUAUAGGGUUUCUUAUUUUCCCUCUAUUUCAGUUUUUAUUUAGUUUAAGGUUAAAUAGAGAAAUGCUGAUUAAAUAAGGCAUGUUUCAGAAAUACAAAAAAUUAAUAACAAUUACUAGCAAAUAUAGCUCUACAGUAUUUCUGCAAACAAUCCUGGCUCACAUUUACCGAUCUGCCAUCGCCCCCACCACCACAGGGCAGGGCAGGAGGAUGGGUCUGGGGGAGGCUGCCUGCUCCCCACGCUCAGGGCAGGGGCAUGCUGGCAGAGCCCCCCUUGCCAGAAACCAGGAGCUGCGUAACAUGGGGCAGCAGGGACGAGCUCCAGGCAGAGGAGCCAGAAGCUCGGUGGCAAUGCGGCGCUGCCUCGCCUCGGCAGCAGCCAGCACACCGUAUAGCCGUGCCCCUCUCCUGUCCUCGUCAGAGAGUGUGGGUGCUGGUUCCUUGGGUUGCACGGGCACAUGCAGCACAGCUGUCCGCAAAUCCAGAUCCUUCGCUGCCACCUUCUUCAUGCCACACAAGGUAACCUGUUCUCAAACUAUUUCAUUAAUAAAAUAUACAGGUUAAUCCAAGCUCACCAUAUCCCAGCCAUGCACGACCAUAUCCCCAGUUUGUACAACUGGGGCUGUAUCAAACAUACUAAUUGUUUACCACGCUUAAUUCUGAAUAUCAUUUAAUAAUUUCCAUUACAUAUAUAAAUUGGGAGCAGUGUUUGCUUUCUCAUUUGAUAAGCAAUACACAAAUCGUUAUGUAUAUGCUUUAAAGUUUUGGCAUUGUUUUUUUUUUCCUAGUAUAAACGCUGGUGUUGUGAGAUUAAAACUGGAUGUUUUGUUCUCAAGUUUUUUUGUUAGUUUUAUAUAAAAGUGUAAAGAGGGCAGCAGAAACAAAAAGCUGCUUUCCAUAAAUAGCCAUAGCUUUACUGUUGUACAUUUAAUUCUCGAAUAAAUAAAAAAAAAAAGUGGGGUAAUUGAGAAGAAAUAGCACCAGAAAACCUGUCCUAACUAGUUCCUUGUUUCUGCAAGUGCCAGAUAAAUCCUACACAAAGU